CUUUUUCAACAUCACUGCUGCAAAUCUUUGGAUAAUAACAACGAUGGCAGGUGGACAAUCGGAAAGAGAAGACAGGGUCUCAUUGGAACUCACUGAAGAAAUCCUUCAAAGCAUGGAAAAUGGUAGGAUCAGUUCAAUGGAUUUCCAUAGAACAUCAAGUUUUCUGGUGACUGCUAGUGACGAUGAAUCCAUUCGCCUGUACGAUGUCACCAAUGCAACGUAUACCUCUAGUUUCUGUUGUUUUAUUUUAUUCAAAGUAAAAUGUCUUUUUAGAAGAGUGAGAUCAGUUUCUGACAUUGUAUUAUAUUGAAACUAAGAUGUGUUUUUUUGUAGAAUAUUGGUGUUAUUGUGUGG